AUGGUUCCAUCCAGCGGAACAAACCUGCAAGCUAUCACUAUAUAAAGCAGCUGUUUGUUUUGAUAGGAGCAUAGUUCAAAUUUGCUCAGCUUCAAAAAACAAGCUCGAAAAUCAUUUGAAAAUGAAGUUCUUUAUCGUUGCUUUGGCCCUGUUCGCCGUGGCUGCUGCCCAGGAUGACAAGUACACCACCAAGUAUGACAGCAUCGACAUUGAUGAGAUCCUGAAAUCGGACCGUUUGUUCAAGAACUACUUCAACUGCCUGAUGGACACUGGAGCAUGUACACCAGAGGGCAAUGAACUGAAGCGUGUCCUGCCCGAUUCCUUGGAGAACAAUUGCUCCAAGUGUAGCGAGAAGCAGCAAACGUCCAGCACCAAAAUCAUCAAGUUCCUGACGGAGAACAAGCCAGAGGAAUGGACCAUGCUUAAGGCCAAAUACGACCCAGAUAACAAGUACGUCCAGAAAUACGUUGCUGAUGCCGACAAAGAUGGAAUCAAGCUGUAAAAGAGUUGUGUAAUAUUGCAAAAUUUUUGCCAAAUUCAAAGAUCUCCGAAAAACCGCAUUUGUUUUCGAUACGAAUUGACGCCAAUAUAAAUUGUGAACCAAUGGAAAAUACAAUUUAAAAACACUUUAUAAUCGA